AAAGGAGACGCUUCCAAAGACGAAUAAGCAAAAACUCACUUUCCCCCAAAAAAUUAUAAAAAUAUAAAAAUCCAGAAACAGAGAGACUCUGUUUUCUCAUUUGCAAGAUUCAAACUUUCGAAAUGAGAUUCUGAUCUGUUUCAGAGGUUCUUAAAUGGGUCUCUGCCACUCCAAUUCCCGAAACCCCCACCGAGUUCCCGCCGGAAACAGCCCACUUCCGGCGUCGGAAUCCGUAAAGCCUCCUCCUUUAUCUCCCUCCGGCGACGGCGGAGAAGAUCACUCUGUAACUACCAAUGAGGGCAAAAAGUCUCCCUUUUUCCCUUUCUACAGCCCCAGCCCAGCUCACUCCUUCUUCUCCAAGAAAACUCCGGCGAGAUCUCCGGCGACUAACUCCAACUCCACGCCCAAAAGAUUCUUCAAACGCCCCUUUCCUCCUCCUUCUCCGGCCAAACACAUCAGAGCUGUCCUCGCGAGACGGCACGGCUCCGUGAAGCCGAACUCCUCCGCGGCGAUCCCUGAAGGCGGCGAAGAGGAAGGAGUGGGGUUGGAUAAGAGCUUCGGGUUCAGCAAGAGUUUCUCUAGCAAGUACGAGCUUGGUGAUGAAGUGGGUCGGGGGCAUUUUGGGUAUACUUGUGCUGCUAAGUUUAAGAAAGGUGAUUGCAAAGGACAACAAGUAGCUGUUAAAGUUAUUCCCAAAGCAAAGAUGACUACGGCUAUUGCUAUUGAAGAUGUGAGGAGAGAAGUGAAGAUAUUGAGAGCUUUGUCUGGUCAUGAUAACCUUCCUCAUUUCUAUGAUGCUUAUGAGGAUCAUGAUAAUGUUUAUAUAGUGAUGGAGUUAUGUGAAGGAGGAGAGCUUUUGGAUAGAAUACUCUCAAGAGGUGGGAAGUACACAGAGGAAGAUGCGAAGACUGUUAUGAUACAAAUAUUGAAUGUGGUUGCAUUUUGUCAUCUCCAAGGUGUUGUACACCGAGAUCUUAAACCAGAGAAUUUUCUUUUUACCUCAAAAGAAGACACCUCUCAACUGAAGGCAAUAGAUUUUGGUUUGUCAGAUUACGUGAGACCAGAUGAGAGACUCAAUGACAUUGUUGGCAGUGCAUACUACGUAGCACCUGAAGUACUACAUAGAUCUUAUAGCACAGAAGCUGAUAUCUGGAGUGUUGGUGUGAUUGUGUACAUCCUAUUAUGUGGAAGCAGACCGUUUUGGGCAAGGACGGAGUCAGGAAUCUUUCGUUCUGUUUUAAAAGCAGAUCCGAGUUUUGACGAUCCUCCUUGGCCUUUGUUAUCUUCAGAGGCAAGAGACUUUGUGAAGAGGUUGCUAAAUAAAGACCCGCGUAAAAGAUUAACUGCUGCACAAGCCUUGAGUCAUCCAUGGAUAAAGGAAUCAAAUGACGCAAAGGUUCCAUUGGAUAUUCUUGUUUUCAAACUUAUGAGAGCUUACUUAAGAUCAUCAUCUCUCCGUAAAGCUGCAUUAAGGGCCUUGUCAAAAACACUUACGGUUGAUGAACUGUUUUAUCUGAGGGAGCAGUUUGCUUUACUAGAACCUAGCAAGAACGGAACGAUAAGUCUAGAAAACAUCAAAUCAGCUCUGAUGAAAAUGGCAACAGAUGCAAUGAAGGACUCGCGUAUACCUGAGUUCUUAGCACAACUGAGUGCUCUUCAAUAUAGAAGAAUGGACUUUGAAGAGUUCUGUGCAGCUGCAUUGAGUGUUCACCAGCUAGAAUCUCUUGAUCGAUGGGAACAACACGCUCGUUGUGCUUAUGAGCUUUUUGAAAAGGAGGGAAACAGACCCAUCAUGAUAGAUGAGCUUGCUUCGGAACUUGGUCUUGGUCCUUCUGUACCGGUACAUGCUGUGCUUCAUGAUUGGCUAAGGCACACCGAUGGGAAACUUAGUUUUCUUGGGUUUGUGAAGUUGUUACAUGGUGUGUCUAGCCGUACUAUCAAAGCUCAUUAG